GCCGGGUGCUGAAGUUGGAGGACGGAUGGCAGCGAGCGGGCUCCGCUAGGAGGACCGAGCCGCCCGCCGCGCGCCCCGGAGCCCCCGCGCCCCCGCCCGCACCCCCGGCGCCCGGGUUGGACCCGGUGCUUGGGAGAAAUUUUGAUUAAUUAGGCCCUAUUGUGGGCUUUGUCUGCAGACUUCAGGAUACAAGUUAGCACUUCAGAGAUAGUGGAAUUCCCCAAGGCUAUGGACAGCCAAUCCGGGACUACCGUAGCUGAAAUGCGAAAGAGGCAGCAGUCACAGAAUGAGGGAGCACCUUCCGUAUCUCAAGCACCUGGAAACCAGAGGCCCAACAACACGUGUUGCUUCUGCUGGUGCUGCUGUUGCAGCUGCUCCUGCCUCACUGUUAGGAACGAAGAGAGAGCAGAAACUGCGGGAAGACCCACGCUCACCACCAAAAUGGAGAGUAUCCAGGUCCUAGAGGAAGGCCAAAACCCCACGACAGAUGAAGUCUUGUCCUGGUCUCAGAAUUUUGACAAGAUGAUGAAGGCCCCGGCGGGGAGAAACCUUUUCCGAGAGUUCCUCCGAACAGAAUACAGCGAAGAGAACCUGCUUUUCUGGCUUGCCUGUGAAGACUUAAAGAAAGAGCAGAACAAAAAAGUCAUUGAAGAAAAGGCCAGAACGAUAUAUGACGAUUACAUUUCGAUACUAUCACCAAAAGAGGUCAGUCUUGAUUCUCGAGUUAGAGAGGUGAUCAAUAGAAAUCUGUUGGAUCCCAAUCCUCACAUGUAUGAAGAUGCCCAACUUCAGAUAUAUACCUUAAUGCACAGAGAUUCUUUUCCAAGGUUUUUGAACUCUCAAAUAUAUAAGUCAUUUGUUGAAAGUACUGCCAGUUCUACUUCUGAAUCUUAAUUUUCAUUUAAAGAAAUCAUUUUGGAGGGCUGGGAUGGGAAAUAAAAGUUGUCAUAUAACACCAGACACGGAGUUCCUGGAGGACGACAGUUUAGCAUUCCUCGGGCUACUGUGAAAAUAAAACCAUAUGGUCUUUGUCUCCAUUUUUACCAAGGUUAUCCACGGUUAACUUUGGAGAAAAUGCCACAUAAGACAACAAAUUGCCAAAUUAAGUUUGUUUUACUCAACACUCAUUCUACUUGCAAGCAAACUGUAUUUGUAGUCCUAUGAACAGUCUCCUAGUGUAUUUCCAGAGACUGCAUGUGCAAAGUCAAACUGCUUCAUUUGCCAUGUAGUUGUUGUAAUAUUUAAUCCAAUGACAUAACUUAUAUCUGUAUUUAAGGACUUUUGUGCAAUAUGGUCUUACAGAAAUAAUUGCCAAAAAAGUUGGCUGUAGUUUGCGUUUUUAAAUAUAACCUAAGACAGACAAAGCCAAUUUUAAAAUUGUAAACAAUAGUAUUCAACAUGCUAUCUACUGUGUUCAGUACACUCAUUUUGAAGCCAAUAUAUCUGUACAUGAAAAAAGAGCUAUUUAUCUCUGUUUGUUGGGAAAUCCCAAUGGGGCAUUCCUCUGGUUGUUCACUGCCAAAACUGUGGCAUUUUUAUUACAGAAGCAUUUGUUGUGUAAAAAAAAUAAUAAGAUGAAAAGAGAAAAAAAGCACAAAAUAAUUUGAAGAUCUUCUAUCUCAAUGACAAAUCAAAGAGUGAUAUUGUUUUUAAUUGUAACAGAAGAAAAUGAAUCUAUGUAUAUAUCACAUGUCCAAUACUGUAAUUAAUUUAUUAAAGGCUGGCUCUCCAGUUCUAAAACAGUUGUGUAAUGUAUGUACUUUAGCAGGAAAAAAAGAUAAGCUUGAUAACUUAGUUUUGAAAUAUAAGGAAAGGAAUGCCUACAUGUAGCAUAACCAAAAAUGUUGAUGAAAAACAUCUAUCCCCAUGGCAUAGUUUCCUUGAAAGUGAAAAUCUAAGUUUUUAACCAACACAAGUUUUAUAAGGGUUAUAAAGAAGAUACUAGUAAUUCUCUAUUUCAGACCUUAACUGUUUUCACAUAGUCUCUUAAGAAUUACUUAAUUUAAAAAUGUUGGAACCAAACUAUUAAUUCUCAUCCAUAAUUGAAAGGCAGUACAGUGCUCAAAUCUUCUAGCUGCCAUAUUAUUUUUUAAAGUAUCACUAAAUCUUUAAGACAAAAUACUUGCCUGACAUUGGCAUGCACUUUUGACAUUCAAGAAACAGUAUCCUAUUGUGCACCAACACAAAAAAGUCAGAGUCAGAUUUAUAUCAAGACAUUACAUUUGAAUAUUAAUAUACCCUGGAGGCUAUUUUUUUAAUGUUACACUUAUUAAAUAUAAUAUUGAGUAACCUAAAAUGAAAGUUUUAAAAAUAUUUAUAUCCAAUGAAAAUACUGGCCUUAUAUUAAGGAUGAUAUUAAAAUUGUAGGUUUUCAUUGUCAUUUUUAACUACCUCUCAUUUUUUAAUUUAUUAAACAUUUAAAAAACAACUUUGGGGUUUCUUUUUAAAUUUUAUUUUACUUGAACGGUUGGCAUUGUAAGUUUCUUUUUCCAUAAACUUAACACAUUUUAAGAAUUGUUUUUUUAAGUGAAUUUAAUUUUCUAAUUUAUAUAGGAUUCAGGAGAUAAGUUUAAAAGGGCUAUUAUCUAUUCCCUAUGCAAAUAUUUUAACUGUUGCAGUGUUUAACAAAAUGGGAUUUAAAAAAAUGUUUGAAGAGUAGAAAACAAAAAUGUUCUGUUUACACUGGCGUUGCUGACUAUCCUACCGUAUUCAGCACUUUUAAACACAUUAUUUAUGAAAAUGUACUUAAAAUACAAGAUAGGAAAUAUUUAUAAUGAUAAUUUCUUUUAACAAAUGCCUGUUUUUGUCUGAAAGUGUUAGUGUGUUUAGACAUACUUUAUCCUUGUCAAUUAGAUAUUUGCUAUUUGAAUAAUGGUUUUCAGUAAUAUGUUGAAAAAUGAUAAAGAUGUUUACAAAAAGUCAUAUUUUUUCCUAAAGAGUGAAGAAAAACCUAAAAGAAUCAUCACUUCUAUUGUGAAGUUCUAUUGUUCCUGAAUUAUUUAAUUUUUUUGUUAGAAUUGAGUUUAUUAUGCUACUAUGAUGUAUACACAUAUAUGUUGUAAUAUCAUACUUGUUGCUGUGUUUGAAGCACAAUAAAUUGGUGCACAUGACUAGAAAAUAUGUACUAUAUUAUGAUAUAUUGCAUGCAUCAAUCUUUUAAAUGUACACUUUAUAUUCUUGUUGUUACUAUAUAUUAUGGUGACCUGCUAGUCGUAAGUUAUCUUUAUAAGAUACUUUGGGUUCUUAGAUGAAUUGUCUGUUUGACAAUACUUUUAAUAUUUUACCAAAUGUAAAAGAUAAGGGUCUUUAUAAAGAGUCCUGAUCUAUAACCUGGGCAUUUGUAGAAUACAGAUUUUGAAGUUAGUAUAUCCUUUUGAAACCUGAUUAGGAAGUUGUUUUGCAAAUGAUUCUAGAGUAGCUUUUACACAUCAGAUAUUGCUAACCAUGCUAAGUAGCAUUUCUGUGCUAAAUUUCUACUUUGGGGGGAGGGGAGGGUUUCUCAUUUAAUUUUAAAGUUUCUAAGAGUAUGUCUGUAUAUUUGCAACUCUACAGAUUUGCUUUAAUUACAGAGCUAUAAUAAGCAAAUAAUAAUAAUAAUAAUAAUAAUAAUAAUAAAAUAAAUGCCCUCAAAUGGUGUCUAUGCUACCAUUCCAAGAGCACAAUAUUUGUUUUGGUAGAAUUAGGCUUUCUUAGUGAGUGAAUUCC